AUGCUGGCUGGUAAAGUUUUUGUUCUUCUUCUAACGACAAUUAUUGCUAAACAUCAUCAUAGCAAUAAAAACGUUUUAGAUCAAAGAGAAAACUUCUUCGGUAAAGUUUAUAUAACCACUCACACAAUCAUGGAUAAUUUAUUUGAAUCCAUUGGUCUAUCAAGGAAUUUUUCAAAAGAAUCUAGCACCAGACUGUUGCUAACAAUGCAUUAUGAUCUCAGUAACAUAAUGGAUAAAAACUUUGAUACUUUUGAUGAAAUAAAAAAAGCAAUCAGAUUUGAUAUUAUCAGGAACUAUACAGAAGACAAAAUUAAAUUAGAUUCUGUCGUUACUCAAGUUUUAAACGAAAACGAUUACAAUGUGUACAAAAAAUUGAAAGGAACUCAUAACCGUACUAAGGGGGCCAGGAACAAGAAAAAGCGGAAGAUUCCAGAAUCUGAAUUUCUCGCAAAAAAUAAUAAUUUAACAGUACAAGAUUUUAAGGAAUCCAUUAAGUAUAUCAGAAAUACAGUUGCACCUCACAAGAACUUGAAACUCUGGAAUCCACCCCUAGCUAUGAAUUUAGAGAUCUCUAACAGCUCAAACACGAGAAGGAUCUACAAAGGCGUCGAGUCUAACAUCAGCAACUUCCCAUUCGUCGCCAGUAUCCACAUCAUGGGCGACUUCGCGUGUGCAGGCUGCGUCAUCCACAGAGAUCUGAUCAUCACCUCCGCUUCGUGUUUACAAAUAGCAUACCAAAACGAUUUCUUCCACAAUAAUUUGAAAGCGAUCUACGUGAGACUCGGCAGUGACCACACCACCCGAGGUGGAGAGACAAUCCCGGUCAAAGUCUUACACUUCCACCCUAUGUAUGAUCCGCAAUACUUGCUGCAUAACCUGGCAUUGCUUAGACUAGAGCAGAGGAUGGCAUGGAGAGGACAGCAGAAAAGGAUCAGACGAAUAUUGUGGGACAAGAUUGGAGAAAAUUCGAUGAAUAACAGCAAAGGAGUUGUUAUUCUAGGGUGGGGUGCUACUAAUACAGACUCGAUUGUGCAAACGCACCCGAAGCUUGCUGUAGAUAAGGUUGACAUUCUCAACAAUGAUGAUUGUAUGAACGCCUAUUCUGAGAAAUUCGUCACUGAAUACAACUUUUGCGCUGGUUUCAAAAAUAAGCGCGGAGGAGCUUGCAAUGGAGACGUCGGAGGUCCUGCGAUAGUUGGAACAACUCUGGUGGGUGUGGUGAGCUUCGGCGCGCCUGUCUGCGGGAGUAUUGCUGCACCAACUGUCUUCACCAAAGUCAGCUUCUACGCGCCUUGGAUCGACAGCAUCCUGAAAAAAGAAAAUUUAACUUUUAACAGCAAUCAGAACACUCGCAGAGGAGCCGAAGGUAUGAUCAUGUACAUUAAUAUAUCGAACAGUGAGCCCAACUAUAACAAACGAGACUCUAAUAUACGAUUCCGUAACGAUGACAACUACCCAGAGGAAGUUACACAACUAAAAAACGCACUUAUGGAUUUAGUUAGAACUGACACUAAGGUCGUCGAUGAAGUUAUAUAUGGAGACCUUUAUGAUGAAUUUAGUAAGUUAUUCAAGAGUAAAGAACAGGCAAAAGAUAUCAUAAACGUAGAAGAUCAAAGACCAGUAGAUAAAAAGACAAUUUUAAGACUUUAUAACAAGGCGGUUCCUGAAGAAUCCAUAACACCGAUAACCACUACUUCUACAACCACAACCACAUACGAAUCAUACAAUAACAGAAAUAUGAAUAGCGAAUCCUCUAGCAGUUCAGAAAAUGAAAUGAUGCAUGAUAAUACAAAUGAAUACACAGACAACUACGAAGGGUCUAGUAACGAACGCGGAUUAAGUAUAGAGAUUCCUAUACAACCCUUACGUUUAAAAAAGACAAAACAAGUUGUAGUCGAAAAUACACAGACGAAUGAUGAAUCUAGUGACAAUUUGGACGAAGAUAACAAUAUCUCCAGAGACAUAGAGAAAACGAAAACACCUAAAGAUAGAGCGAGACCCAAGUUAGGUCAUAGGUCGAAACAUAUUCCCUUCUCUGGGACUUAUUUUUACAAAGAUUAUUCUACUCAUCCGGGUAAAUCAUCUAAAUCGAAACAUCAUCCUAAAGAAGAAAGAAAAACAUCUCACAAAAAAAACGCAAUUCAUUAUUACGGCAAGUCUUUAGCCACAAGGCCUUAUUUUGUCGAUUCAGAAACAUACCCAACGCCUCAUAAGAGUCGGAGUUCUAAGAGACAUAAAGCUAAGGCAAAUGUACAUAAAAUGUUAAUGUACAUAAGUAAAUAA